AUGUGUAGGAACAUCGUAUGUCACAUGAUAUAUUCAAUAUCUCUGAUGGUUUAUGGUAAAUGCAUUAAACUUCCUGGUGAAUUUUUUGAUAACUCAAAAGUGACAACAUCCACGGAAAACUUUAUUAGCAAUCUUCAACGUCAAAUGGAAACAUUAAAACCUUUAGAGUCAAAAUAUUUCAAAAGGAACAAAGUAUUUGUGCACAAAGAUUUAAGUUCAUGUUCACAUGUUUUUAUGCGGAUUGAUAGAGUCAGGAAGCCAUUAGAGUCUCCUUAUCAAGGACCCUAUAAAGUGAUGGAUAAGUCAGAAAAGUAUUUUGUAAUUAGUUAUAAAGGAAAAAACGUAAGCAUUUCAAUAGACAGGCUUAAACCAGCUUAUCUACUGAAUUCUGAAAAUGAGAAUCCAGAUUACGAUGAAAACCUAAAAGCUGCAAAACCUAACGAAUGUUUAACAUCAAAUAAAUUACAAGAAAAUGCAGCCAAUUCCGAGCAAAAUGUUAAAAUGUCUAGAUUUGGCAGAAAAAUAAAAAAGCCUGUUCGCUUUGUAGAACAAAACUGUAUUAAUUAG